CGAGCAAUAAUAGUCGCUCGUCACAAAUUAUUAUUGUUGUCUUUUUUAUAAUUGUUGUAAAUUGUAAAUCGUAAAAUAAUAAAUAUUGCAUUUAUUUAUAACUAAUAGUUUUUUGGAAUAAGUGGAAAAUAUAUUUAUAAAUUGUAGUGAAAAAUAUUGAAGUUAAUAAUCAGUUCAACGUAAUACGUUCGCAAAUUUUUUUGUGUGGCCAUUUGUGACAAGGCAACACGUGGUUUUGAAUAAUUAUAAAAAAUUGAAAGUUCUAAAUAGUUUUAUUUCUAUUUCCUUCACAUGAUGCUCAACAAGGAAAAUCAAGAGGAAGACGAGGAAGUAAUGUCAGGAGACGAGCCUGUAGUUAAAAAGAAACCAGGAUUAAUCUACUUGUCAUCAAUUCCAAAAUUCAUGAAUGUUACUAAAGUUCGGGAAAUAUUUUCCCAGUACGGAGAAUUAGGGCGAGUUUAUUUGCAACUAGCUGAUCAUGAAUUAGGCGAAAAAUCUGGUAAAAAGCGUAAAAGAAAAAAGCCAACGAUGCAUUUCACGGAGGGCUGGAUAGAAUUUGAAAGCAAACGAGUGGCAAAACAUGUUGCAGAAACUUUAAAUAGUACAAUGAUUUCAACGAAAAGAAAGAGCAAAUUCUGUGAUAUAAUGUGGAAUAUUAAAUACUUGUCAGGAUUCAAGUGGAUUCAUUUGAGUGAAAGAUUAGCCUACGAAAGGGCAGUUCGUAAACAAAAGAAAUUGGCAGAAAUUGCUCAAGCUAAACGAGAAACGAACUUCUUCUCGUACAAUGUCGACAGAAGUGAAAAAUUGAAGAAGAAGAAAAUAAAGGGAGAAUCAACUAGUUUUACAUUAAAUGAAGUCACUCAAAGGGAGACAGAUAUGGAAAUUAGGAAAAAGAAGAAGAAGAUCGAUGGAGACAGAUCAGAAGUCCUUAAGAAAUUGUUUAGUUAAUAUUAAUUCAAAGUGUAUAGCGAAAAAAAAUACUACUCCAAAUAUUAAAACGUGGUAAAUAUAUAACAAUUUUAUAUUAUAUUAAUUUUUAUUCUAAGAUCAUUUUUUGAAUAAACGCGGACAAUUUUGACAAA